AACAAAACUAUAAUUGCCAUUUUUAUGCAGGAAGAAGUGAAAGGAAACUGCCUGGAUAAGGCGUUCGUUGGCAGCCAUGGUCAAACCCAAUCAAUCUCUUCCUCAAGAUCCAAUUUCACCACCACUAUUACAAUUCUCCAGCUAGAAAAAAUAAGAUAAAGGAAAACCGAAAAUGGAGACGACGGAGACCGAAAGCAAUGGCGGAUUUGAGGGCCUGGAUCUGCUGCCCUCGGCUCUACUUGCGACCAUCUUCACGAAGCUCGACGUGCCGUCCAUCUGCUCCUGCGCCUCCACUUGCAAGACCUUCCGAUCCUGCGCUUCUCAGAUCCUCUCUUUCCUCCCCACUUUUCACCUCCCAGAAAUCGCACCUUCGAUGGAUUCGCUGCGGCCAUUGUUGCCACCAAACCCGUUCCUGCGGAGCUUAAAAGUUGACUGUGGUCGGCUCGAUGAUUCGGCCAUCCAGAUUUUGGUACGGCCUUCUUUGCACGAGCUUUGCCUGCUUAAUUGCGCGGAUUUUAGCGGGAAAUUGCUUUCUGAGAUCGGUGGCCUGUGCAAGGACCUAAGGUCUCUCUGCUUGGGGUCUGUGGCCGAAAAGCGAGGGCGGGCUGUUCAUAUUUCUGAUUUGGAGGAGUUGCUCAGUGGUUGCACUCAGUUAGAAGCACUUGUCUUGAUGUUUGAUGUCUCGUUAUUUCUUCGUCAUAAUUUUGCUCGAGUGUGGACUUUGGCAUCAGAAAAACUCACUUCUCUUGAGAUUGGCUACAUUUCGUCUGUAAUGGUGACUGAACUGCUUAGUCCAAAUUUGGGAUUUCAUCAGUUGCCUAAUCAUAUUCGACCAUCCAUAUUGCCUAGCAUUCAGAAAUUAUGCCUUUCAGUCGACUAUAUAACCGACACCAUGGUCACUACUAUUUCUAAAGGUCUCAUCUCCUUAACCCAUUUGGACCUUAGGGAUGCACCCCUCAUUGAACCAAGCAUUACACUUGAUCUCACAAACAACGGUCUUCAACAAAUUAAUCAGCAUGGGAGAUUGAAACAUCUCUCAUUGAUCCGGAGUCAGGAGUUUCUUCCCACCUAUUUCAGAAGAGUCAAUGAUCUCGGACUCCUCUUUAUGGCUGAUAACUGCGCAAACAUGGAAAGCAUAUGCCUUGGAGGCUUUUGCCGUGUUACAGACACUGGUUUCAAAACAAUAUUUCAUGCAUGCUCCAAGUUGUUCAAGCUCAAGGUGUCUCAUGGGACUCAGUUAACUGAUUUAGUUUUCCAUGAUGUCUCUGCUACUUCCCUUUCUUUACUACAUGUUAGCUUGAGAUGGUGUAGCCUUUUAACUAACCAAGCAGUUGCCAAUUUGGCGUCUAAUAAGGACCUAAAAGUGUUGGAUUUGAGAUGCUGCAGAAACCUUGGGGAUGAAGCGCUUCGAGCCAUAAGGACUCUCACGAGAUUGAAGGUUUUACUAUUGGAUGGCUCUGAUAUAAGUGAUGUGGGAUUGUCAUUCUUGAGGUCAAGGGUCAUACAGUCGCUAGUUACAUUAUCUGUUAGAGGGUGCAAAAAACUUACAGAUAAAGGCAUCUCUGCUCUUUUUGAGGGUUGUUCUAUAACGGAGUUGCGGGAGUUGGACCUGUCAAAUCUCCCCAAUCUCUCCGAUAAUGCUGUCCUGUCACUGGCAAAAGGCAGAAUUCCAAUUGUUGAAUUGCGGGUGCGACAGUGCCCACUCAUUGGUGACACUGCAGUCAUGGCAUUGGCCUCGAUGCAGGUUGAUGAAGAGAGGUGGCACGGCAAUGGUUUACGUCUUUUAGAUCUCUUUAACUGCGGCGGUAUCACUCAACUUUCGUUCCGCUGGUUGAAGAAACCGUACUUUCCAAGGCUGAGAUGGCUGGGAGUGACGGGUAGUGUAAACAGGGACAUGGUAGACGCCUUGGCUCGGAAUAGACCAUUCUUGAAUGUGGCAUGCCAUGGUGAGGAGCUAGGAGCCGAGCAAUGGGAUAGCUCCGACGGUCUGUACAUGCAUGACUUUGAUGAAGUCGACGAGCUUGAACAGUGGCUUUUGGAAGGUGAAGGUGAUACGGAUGAUGAAGAGAUGGCAGAUGCAGAACUAAUGGAGUAAAUAUUUUUAGUAGGAUUUAGUUUAUGCGUAUAAAUGUCUGCUUGUUGAAUUGGUUUGGUAUUCUAAUACUGGACUACUUAGAAUCUUGCCAGUGUGUUGUUGUAUGUUAAUUUACUUUUCUUUUCUUUUUUCUUAAUUAAUUGGUCAAAGUGUGUGUAAUAUAAUCUUAUGUAAGUCGAGGAAUAGCAUCAACUCGUACUUUCUGUGGAUUGUGAUGCAAGUAUCAAGAAAUAGUUGUAACUUGUAUUAGUGUCA